AUGCCAGCAUGGACCAGUCUCGAGAGGUUCCGCUAUAACCAUAGUUCGUCCCCGAUUGCUUCCAACGUCGGUGCUUCGACGUCGUGCGACAGCUCCCGAGCUCGACCCCAUGUAGAUGAUCCCCUGGCUCGUCAGGAGAUUCCUGGUGACAGUGGACAAGAGGAUGCCGUCGUCGAUGCGUUCGGGUUCAGACACCACCUAGGGACUUUGCACUCUUCUUCGGUCUAUGAUGAUGAGGAGGUUGAACAAGUGAUGCAGGAGAUCGAUCGUGAUCGGGCGCGUGAGCAGCCGCACGAGUCAGCGUGGGGUGAUGAAAACUCGGAGGAGCGGGGUCGGUCGUACGAUGCGACGCAGCAGUGGGGUGGUACGACGCAAGCGCGUGAACAGGUGAGGGGAAUGAUGAUGCAUGGUAUGCGUGAGUCAUAUUACGUCCUGUUACGUCUUCUCGUCCGCGUGGAAGUGAUUGAUAUUGACGCGCGACGUUGCAGCAGACGGCGGUGACCCCACCUCCCCCAGCCCUCCUGCGUUGCGCACCCGUCGACGAAGUCAGCACGUCGAUUCGCUACCAUCGGCCCGCCCAACUCCACCAACCUUUCGAUCGCAGAGUCAGAUUUCGUUCUCACAACCUCGUGAGACUCGUCCAACACCAGCGCAACAACAAUGGUCUCGGCCUCCAGGGAUGUCGAAUGUCAAUCGCGCGCCACCAUUCCGACCCGCCGACGCAUCAUUCAUCCCGCCGCUCCGCCCGAUACCUCAACGUCCAGUUUCACAAGUCGUUCAAGAAGUGCGAAAUUACUCUGCAUUGACGACUGCUAACAUCCAUGAGAGUACGACGCGUCGCCCGCUCGCACCGAUGGGUGGGCCACCACCCAAGCGCGCCAAUUCCGAAGAGGAGUACUUUGGUGGUGGCGAGGACGAACAGGAGUUUGAGAGGCAAUUGAUGGUCGAUGAUCGAGCUCGUGGGUAUCCAGCUUGUCCUUUGGCGACUGGGAGAGGAAGCUGACUCCGGCCGUUGUGGUCGUUCUGCCCAGUGGUACCUCAAGCUCUCCUGCCCCAAAGGCAGCCUCAAGGUUUUCGCUCGGCUCCCCUGCAGCAGUUCGGGUUCGGUAGUGGUCAAGAUUUAUCGAUUUCCCAGAGCUCUGGACCCCAGAAUGCGAGUGCAUGCCCCCAGACCAGCUCCACAAGACCUCGUGCGGCUGGGACGAGGCUUCGAGCCGUCAGUGAUCUUCGUUAGUCCGCCGAUUCAUCCUUACCGCUGAUUACGCACUCUGACCUCAUUUGCAAUCGGACAUGUGCAGCGGACGUCUUUCGAGGACUGUGGAAGUUCGGCGUCUUCAACGCCAUUCAGAGUACUUGUUUCGAUGCUAUCUACCACUCGGAUCGCAAUGUUGUCGUCUCAGCCCCAACCUCGUCGGGGAAGACCGUUCUUUUUGAGCUCGCGAUCCUGCGCCUCUUUUCAAGCGCCGACUCGAACGACGCUAAAGCCGUUUACAUGGCACCGACCAAGUCGCUGUGCGCCGAAAGAGCUGCGGACUGGAAGACCAAAUUCGAACGCUCUGGCCUGGGUUGGGCCGUCGUCGAGUUGACCGGUGACACAGCGAUGGAGGGGCCAGGGUUAUGGAUGGAGAUUGGCAAGGCUCGUAUCAUCAUCACCACACCCGAAAAAUGGGACUCGAUCACGCGCAAAUGGCACGACCAUCAUCGCGCUUUGGCGCUGCUGCGUCUAUUCUGCAUCGACGAGUGUCACUCGGUCGGGACCGAUGUGCGAGGUGCGACGCUCGAGGUCGUGGUCAGUCGCAUGAAGACGUUGGGAACCGAUACGCGCUUCAUCGCCCUGUCAGCUACUGUCCCCAAUGCCGACGACGUCGCGACGUGGCUUCAGCACUCGGAUACGUCGCCCGCCGACACCUUCACGUUCGGUGACGAGUAUCGACCCUGCCCUUUGCAAAAGAUCGUGGUUGGCUUUCCGGCGCGUGACAACGACUUUGCUUUCGAUUCUUCGCUCGACUACAAGGUGUUUGAGCUCAUUCAGAGGUACUCGAGCGGCAAGCCGUGAGUUUGCCUUUGUCUUCUCGUCCGGUCCCAUGGAAGAGGAUUUUCGACUAAUCCAUCCAUACUUGCAGGGUUCUGGUGUUCUCAAACACGCGCAAGGGGUGUUUGAAGCUCGCCGAGCAUCUUGCAAAGGAAUACCGUCAAGUGGCCGAAAAGCCUGCGCAGCGAAACAACCUACCUUGGCCAAAGCCUUCUCGUCUCGUGGCCCGUCCGAACGACAAGAAGCUCGCGGGUUUGCUCGAGUGCGGCGUUGCUUACCAUCACGCUGGCCUCGACAUGGAUGACCGAAAGCUCAUCGAGCAGCUCUUCAUCGCCGGCUCGAUCUCGGUCGUCUGCUCCACUUCGACCCUCGCCGUGGGCGUCAACUUGCCGGCACGGAUGGUCAUCGUCAAAGGAACGAAGCAGUUUCGGGAUGGAAGAAUGUACGAACUCGACGACACCGAGUUGCUUCAGAUGCUCGGUAGGGCUGGUCGUCCGCAAUACGACACAAUGGGCGUGGCCUGCAUCAUGACCGAGCGUGAUCAAAUUCGUCACUACGAGUUAUUGGCGAACUCGAGCACGGUACUCGAGUCAAGCCUGCACAAAAAUCUAACCGAACACAUCAAUUCGGAGAUCAUCCUUCGUACGAUCCGCAGUGUUCCGUCGGCUCUGAAGUGGCUGCACUCGACGUUCCUCUACGUGCGCAUUUCCAAGAACCCCUCGCAUUACGCCCUUGCCAAGGAACCGAACAAGCCCGCCGACGCUCGCCUCGAGGAAAUCUGUGUCGAAGCCGUCGCCGAACUCACCAAGAAUGGCAUCGUCGAGAAGCAUGACGAGCUGAUUAUUGCCACGCCCUACAGCGAGAUGAUGUCCAAGUUCUUCCUCUGUCAGGCCACCUUUGUCGCUUUGAAGAAUCUGCCACUCAAAUCCAGCAUGCGUACUCUACUCGAGGCCAUGUCGAAGGCGGGCGAAUUCUCAAGCCUUCGUAUUCGUGCGGGUGGAGAAAAGGCAAUGCUGAUGAAGGCGAACAAGAUGAUCCGGUAUCCCGCGGCCAAGAUCGUCAGCUCGGCGGACAAGAUUUUCGUGCUGAUCCAAGUCGUGCUCGAGGGCCUCGCUGGUGAGCUCAAAUCCUCCGACGUCAGCAACCCACUGUCGGAGGAAAGUCUCAUCGUUCCGAGUGCGCUGCGGAUCGCCAAGUGUAUGGUCGACCUUGCGCUCGAGCGUCGGGAUGGAGGCAUCAAGGCGGCUCUCGAGUUGAUGCGUGCGAUCUCGGCUCGAGCCUGGGAUGACUCGGCGGCGUCUUUGAGGCAGAUCGAAGGUGUCGGCGAGAAGUACUCGCAAGCCCUGUCGAGCAAGGGGAUCAAGACGAUCGCGGACCUUCGUGAAACCGAGGCUUCGAGGAUCGAAUUGCUCACCAACCGCCAUCCACCCUUCGGCCGAAAGAUCCUCGCUCAGGCGCGUUCGCUACCUCAAUUCACGAUCUCAUUGCAAGCUAGAGAGGAAGAAGUUGUUGAUACGGGCGUCAAAGUCCACGUGCACGUCGAGAUUGGCCUCAAGGCUACCCAACCGGCGCCGAUCGUCAAGAAAGGUGGCGUACUCCUCUGGGCCAUGGUCACACUCACAACCUCGGACCAUGAAUUCAUCGAGUUCCGCAAGAUGCGUCUCGACAAAUUGUUCGCGACCAAGAAGCAAGCUUUCUUAGUCGCUGUCAUCCUCGUCAAGCCUUCACAGCGGAUCAUCGGCACCGUCUCGGCCGAUGCGAUCGCUGGAUCGGAAACGAAAGCGCAGCUUAAGCCUUCGACGAUCGCUAGCGAGUAUCCUUUGCCGGUUUUGGCCCCGUCGUCGGACGAACGCGUGGGGGCAGAGGUAGAGGAUGGUCUGGUGGAUGAAUUCGAGCAAGACUUCGAUGAGGAGGAACUGGAUGAAGUGGAAGAGCAGGAAAUCCCUCGCGCCGAUGAAGCUCACGCGAACGUCAAAGGCAACUCUGUAGCAAAGCCCGUUGUGGCGUCUCAUUCCGGCAGUGGUGAGUCGCAUCGUGUACUCGCUUGUGUUUUCACCGGCUGAAACGACCUGUUCUUUGUCUCAGCUGUGGCUGUAAAGGAAGUCGUUCGCAAUCGUCGAGCUGACGGCAAGUAUGAAUGCGGUCACUCGUGCAACGACAAGACCAAAUGUCGACACCUGUGGUAAGCAACUUCGCCUCGCGCAAUUCGCAAUUCGACAUCUCCUGACCCGUAAUUCGAGCUAUUGCCAGCUGCCGUGAAGGCGUUGACAAACCACCUCGUCCAGCGCGCAAAAAGAGCACAACCGACCACGACCAAGUUGAGGGGACUUACGAGGCACCGGUCAAACUCAUCAAGUCGCAGCAAGGGAAGAACACCAAGUUUUCUUCGGUCAAAGUUCCCGUCGCCUCUGCUCCGGCCCAUACCAAGAAAGAUACCCUGUUCGACUUUUUCUCUUCGAGCUCGACGUCUCGCAAGUCUGCUUCAAGGGAAGAGGACGAGAUUGAAACCGAAUCAGAGGAUGAGUUGUUGCACCCUGGCCAGGUUGCGAGAGCCACCCAGGCCCGCCUGGCCGCCUCACACCGAAAUCAGAAGAAGCCGAACCUGGGAAAGAAAGCCAGCCACGCCGCCAAGGCGCCAAUCCAGCUCGAGAUACCUUCGUCUGACGAGGAUGACGACUUGUCGGACAAUCAAAUUUCUGCGGUACCCUCCCGAAGGCCUGCUUCUGGCUCAACGAACAUGCAUCGAAUCCCGCUGAAGCAGCAACUCGCGAGACAGAAGAGUGCGGACAAGCUUUUUGGUGAGGUCGAUGAGCUUGCGGACGAUUCGGAUCUCAACUCGGAACUUCCGGAUCCCACUGGCAAGAGUCAGGCGACGAAACGCAAACGUGUUGACUCUGACGAUGAAGCGGAUGAAGAAAAGCCCACUGCUGCGGCUCACAGCAAUCGCUCGCGCUACCAGACACCGCCGAUGCGCGAUGACGAAACGAUGGAUCACUCCUCGAGCUCGCCCGCCUUCGCUUUUCGACGCGACUCCCCUCUCUUCCUGACUCCGCACUCAUCGUCGCCGCGCGUACCCGAUGAGCCUCAAAGUUCUCCAGUCGAAGUCGUUGAACACGACGUGAAAAAAAGCUUUCACGAGUCGCCCAGCUUGACUGCGAUCCCAAGCGAGAAGGACCUUCCGAUGGCCUCUGAAGUCAAUGAGGUGGAGGAAGUGGACUCGGCCGACGAGAUGGACAAGUGGCUCGAAGCGAAUGUGACCAUCAUACCCUCGUAG